CUCUCUGUCUCUCUGUUACUGGUCUUUUAGUUCUGUGGAGGAGCUUCUUGGGUUCUCCGAGUUUUUACCUUUACUGGGUCUGAUUCAAAAAGCUGACUUUUUUUUCUUCUGGGGGAGAAUUCUGCUUUUCUUAGCUUGGUUUAGAAGGAAAUGGCACAACGUUCUCAUGUACCAAAAUUUGGCAACUGGGAAAGUGAAGAUGAUGUUCCUUAUACAGCAUAUUUUGACAAGGCCCGGAAAGGUCGAACUGGCAUAAAGAUAAUAAACCCAAAUGACCCUGAAGAAAAUUCAGAUUUAGUUCCUGAUGAUUCAUUAUCUGAUUCCCUAGCUCCUUCUUCCAAACCCAUAGUUGACAAAGGAUCAGCGCAAUCAACAAACGAGCUACGUAAGAGCUUGGAAGAUGGUGAUCCUAAGCAUUUUAUUGACUCUCCAGCUCGUCAUGAUAAUGCAGGCAACAAGAGUGCCAGUGAUUCUGCACCUCGUCAUGGAGGCCAUGGAGUUGGUUCCAAUGAUAGCCGUAGAAGACCUUCAAGACAAAGUACCGGAUCUGAAUACAGCAUUGAACGUUCACCCCUUCAUCGCCAGGCUAGAACCCCUGGAAGAGAUAGUCCCUCAUUGGAAGGAAAAAAUUCUUAUGACAGCAGCCAUGGUACACCGGGAAGAUCACGGUUAAGACCCGUUAAUCGAGGGGAUGAAACUCCUGAUAAAGGUGCAGCUGUUCCAAAGUUCGGAGAGUGGGAUGUGACCAACCCUGCAUCAGCUGAUGGCUAUACUCACAUUUUCAACAAAGUGAGGGAAGAGAGACAGGGUGGGGCUGGACAAGUGCCAGGCACACCUAAUGAGAGACCACGUGUUAUUCGGAACCAACCUAGCAAUGACACAGCCAAGUGUUGCUGCUUUGGGUGGGGCAAAAAAUGAUUUCUUGGAUGUGUUGAAUUUUAUUCUGAGCAGAAAAGGAGGUAAAAAUAGUGUUGUGAAUGGUGAUGAGAUGUGUGUAGUACUUGUAAAUAUCCAAGGCUCUUUCUCCUUGCGGGAAGACAUCGUUGGAGUGCAUUUAUCGUAACUACUUUGUGCUUUUUUUUUUUUUGUUUUUUUUUUUUUCCUUUUGUCUUUCUUUCAAAUGUUCAGCAAAGACAUUUUGCAUGCAAGAUUGUGAUUUUUCUUUCUUUUUAUCUUCUUUUUGGCCAUCUGUUGUGUUACUGUUGUGCUUUACAAUUCAAAUCAACUGUAUGUAUCUGAGAUAUAAAAGGAGAUU